AUGGGCCGCCACUGGAGUCAAGACACCGACUGGAUCUGGUCUCCCAACUGGGACGAGAGAGACCACGUCGCGCGCUUCGUGCAAUUCCGAAAGACUUUCACGGUCAACAAGGUCCCAGAACAGUGCAUUGUCCAUGUAUCUGCAGACACGCGGUAUCGACUGUUCGUCAACGGGCGAAACGUUGCAUUCGGACCCGCCAAAAGCCAUCUUGGAGAGUGGAACUAUGAGACUGUGGAUGUUGCGCCGUUUCUUCUCACUGGCAGCAAUGUUGUCGCUGCGCGAGUGCUUCGCUACUCCCCAUUUUAUUCGGGCAAUAUGUCCAUGAUGAGAGGGAUUAUCCCGGGGUAUAUUCUUUACUGUUCGAACAUAGAUAUAUCGACUAGUUCAUCAUGGAAGUGCAAAGUCGACGACUCUGUAAAGAUUCUCUCGACCAAGGACUGGAAUCCGGCUCUUGGUCCGUCGUUUCUGUCUGUCAGCGAGGAUGUCGAUGGUACCAAAGAAGAUAGAGGCUGGCUGGGCAUCGAAUAUAACGAUUCAACCUGGGAUUCUGCGGUCAAUUCUACUAUGAAGGUCCCAAUGCUUCCAAUUCUGGAUCCAUGGAGACUUACAGAACGCUCAAUUCCCCAUUUUCCAGAAAUCGAGGCAAAGUUCUCGUCUGUUGCUAGGUGUGACGUAGAAUCCGACACUGUGCGCUGGCACCAUCUCGUGCAGAGCAACGAGGCAGUCGAGAUUCCACCAAACACUCAAAAAACUGUCGUGCUUGAUGCAUCAACUCUGACAACCGCAUUUCUCCAAUUUAGGCUCCAGGGAGGUGCGGCGUCGAGGAUUCGCAUUCGCACCGCCGAGUGCUUCGAAAGGCCGUCUGAAUCGCCCAUGCCGAACCCAUUUGCCCGGAACAAGGGUGACCGCGCUGAUGCAUCUGGCAUCUUAGUCGGACAGGACGAUUUCUAUACUAUUGACAGGAACAUGCCUGCUGACUUUAAAGUCUCCUAUGAGCCCUUCUGGUUCCGUACCUUCCGAUAUGUCGAGCUGUAUAUCGAAACGUCGUCCACAGCCCUGCGAAUCCUACAACUAGGCUACAGAACUAUACACUACCCACUCGACAUCAAGACUCAACUAUCCCACUUCCCCUCUCCAGACACCGCAAAAACAUGGGAAAUCAGCCUCAACACCCUCCGCAACUGCAUGCAUGAAACAUACGAAGACUGCCCCUUCUACGAACAGAACCAAUUCGCCAUGGACGCCCGUCUGCAAAUCCUCUUCACCUACCAGCUCUCCCACGACGACCGUCUCGCCCGGAAAUGCAUGCAAGAAUUCUACGCCAGCCGCCGCUCAGACGGGCUAAUCGAGACACACUUCCCCUCUCCAUUCCCGGGCGUGAACAUCCCAUGCUUCUCGCUGUACUGGAUCCUCAUGGUCCACGACCACAUGAUGUACUUCGGCGACGCAAAUCUCGUCCGUCGAUACCUCGGCGCUAUAGACGAUAUUCUCAACCACUUCGACCAGCGCCUAAACGAGAACGGCUUAGUCGGCCGCUUCGCAUGGGACGUAUGGCCGUUCGUCGACUGGACGCGAGAAUGGUCAGACCCUGCAUCUGCAAAGGGCGAUUUCCGGAACUUGGCAGUACCGCCUGCGUAUCACCGCACUGGCGUAGCCACAUACAACAGUCUGAUCUACGCCUACGCGCUGCAGAAAGCUGCCGAGCUCUGUGCCUUUAUUGGGCGGCACGACACGGGUGUCGAGUACCGCCAGCGGGCGAUGAAUCUCAACAAUGCAGUCGUGAAGAACUGCCUGCGUGGCAACUUCCUCGUCGAUGGGCCCGACAGUCCAGACGAAGAGCGGAGUCAGCAUUGUCAGGUUUUUGCGGUUCUCUCUGGCGCUAUUUACGGUGAUGAGGCGCGCAAUAUCCUUCUCCGUGCUCUUACGGAACAGAGUGGGUACGCGCGCUGCUCUUACGCAAUGGGGUUCUAUGUCUUCGAGGCAGCGCAUAGAACAGGUCUCUAUGACCAGCUGCGGCCAAUGUUACUAGAGCCGUGGUCUGCAAUGAUAAGCCAGAAUCUCACCACGUGGGCUGAGUCGGCUGCGAUGCCGCGGAGUGAUUGUCAUGGAUGGAGCGCGGUGCCUAUCCACGAUGUUGUUGCAAAUGUGGCCGGGCUGAGUCCUGGGAGUCCUGGGUUUAAGACUAUCCGGUUUGAGCCGCGAAGGAAGCAUUGGGAGAUCAUGGAUGGGACGUUUGCUAUCGCGGGCUCUGGGGUGGUGAGGAUUUCUUGGGCUCCUGGGAGACCGAUUGAGUUUACACCGGAUUUUGAUGCGCGGGUUGAAGUACUGGGUGUGAAUGGUUCUGGUGCAGUGUAUCAGAUUGCGAGUGGCGAGACUUUGGCGAUUCGUCAUGAAUAA